AUGGAAAGGCCACAAACGGUGACAAGGGCAGACACAACCCGUAGACAAACACCUACUUUCCAACGUCCGAUAUCUCGACCAGCUAGCUCCAGACCUUUCGGCUCGGCUCCUGCCCCAAGGCCGAGCAGCGCUGGGGUCAGGCACAGACCGAUCGACUAUGACUACUUAACGGGUUCUACCUUCUCAGUGAAGGUGAAGGGCAAGCCGGUGUUCUUGCUCGGCGACUUUCGCAAGAAAGUGGAUAAGAAUGUCAAGAACUCAAGAUUUGUCUCGGCUUUCAAAGCGUCUUUAGAGGAGCAAACAGCAGACAAAAAGAAGCAGGACAUGAUUCGUGACCAAUAUGAGAAGAGGAUCGUGAAGCGAUUUCAGCCCGUGGAGCACACAGAAACAGGUCUGACGAAAGUCAUGCUCGGGUUGGAUACUGGCGAUGACAAGGAGGCUGUCCCAAAGCAAGGGGAGAUUGGCUACAGCAGGAUUGACGAGAUCGAAUCAUGGGAAAACUCUCAAAAUGCUGGCCUCGAGAAGUACCGUCCCUGCGUUAACUCUGUCUUUGCGCCAGCUCAGUUUCAUGGCUAUGAUUACACCGAUCCGCAGUGGCAGCGAGAGCCUUCUAGUCAUCUUGCUCUGGAUUUCGUCUAUGGGUAUCACGGGGCUUCGAGUUGGGAUUGGGACUUGUUCGGCAUCGGACCAGGACUCAACAAUCUCAACUUUGUGGAAUACUUUGACACCAUCGACAAUCGCUGCAAGUACAGCGGUGAGAUUGUGUAUUUCACCGCAGCCACAGUGGUGGUUUACGACGUGUUCAACAACAUCCAACGCUUCUUCUAUCACAGCGACGACGUGACCUCCAUGGCUCUUCUUGUCAGGAUGCAUCAAAGGGGAGACGGGUCUUGGAUAGAGUUGGACAAGCCGCUGGGACCAGACGCCCUGAUGGAGUGGAGCCAUUGGUUCACCUACAACAAGGGAAUUCACAUCCCCUCUGAGAAAUCUUGGAGUCCCGACAUGAGGACCCUGCCUGUCCACACUGAUGAAUUCCCCAACAAGGGUGAGGACGGGAAGCCGUACGAUUGGAGGACAUGGGACAUCCCGAACAGGUGUAUCGUUGCAAGUGGUCAGAUGGGCCGCAACCCGAGGAUUUAUGUUUGGAGGAUCCCGUUGUAUCGUGGAGACUUUGACUUCUCAAAUCAAGUGCUCGCAAAACUCUCACUUGGCAGGAAGCGACGCCAGGUGUCAGCGCUGUCCUUCAAUGGGACAGGAAAAUUCCUCUGCGCUCUUUCAGAGGAUCUCGAUCACUCCAUCUUCGUCUUCGACUGGAGGAAAGAGGAAGUCGUUCGAGAGGCCAAAGGCCAUGGAGGCCUUGUUGACUGCCUCUUGUUCAACCCCUACGGCGACCGCGCCUUCGCGUCUUGCGGAGAAAAGCAUCUCAAGUUCUGGGAGAUGGGAGACGUUGAGGUCGAGAUGGCCGUUGGACUUUUCGGAGAUCUGGGAGAGACUCUGUCGCAGAAGUGCAUGACGUUUCAUCCCCGAGGAAACACCAUCUCUGGGGUUGAGAACGGCGAUAUCUACAUCUGGUCGAAUGGGGUUGUGAAUGCAAAGAUUGAGAAAGCGCACAAGACGAUGGUAACCUCAGUGAAGUGGGUGGAAGGGAUCGGUCUCUUCACUUGUGGGCUCGGUGGACUGCUGAAAGUCUGGGAUCCAGAGUUGAAAGAUACAAGGAAACCCAUCUGUGUGAUCGAUCUAAACUCAUUCCAUACGAAAGGAUCUCCAAACAUCUUGAAGAAGCUGGCAGGUCGGAGCAUGGACUGGACAACCUCGCCAGAGAUCUUGAAGAAGAUGACAGACGAUGCCUUCGUCGAGAACAGGGACGAAAGAGGAGUUUGUGGAGCCCCUGCCACACAUAUGAGCUUUGCAGACCUCAAAUGCGAAGGCGUGCUGCUCCUGGGAACAACCAUGAAUUCCAUCCUGGCGCUGGGAUUUGCGAAGGUUGAGAUGAUGAGAAUACAAGUUAUAGCGAUGAUGAUGAGAAAGGACGCGAUGAAGGAGAUGAUGGUCGCUAAGAAUGGUUCAUGGGCUAGCAAAGGCCUUGGAGGAGACUAUCAGAUCGAAGGUUACUCUGCCAACACUGAGAAGGGUUCAUUGAGCAAUCAAAUAUGGUGGAAACAUGAGAAAGUGGAAGCUUUCAAAGGGAAGAAUGGCGCUGCCAAAGGUCACAUUCCGGUUGCUGUUUACUCCUAUCAAGCUUUCGAUCCCUCGCAACCGGGAUAUCGACAUAAAUCUGGAAACGAGUCUUCAGCUAUCACAUGCCCGUGGCAGCUUGCUGUUUGUGGAAAGAAAGUCUUGAUGAAUGGCCACAUGUGCGAUGUCGAUGCUGUUGCCCCGAUGCCGAACCAGAGAAUCUUUGCCACUGCGAGCAAGGACUGCACAGUACGACUGUGGGACAUCAACGACCAGGAGAUGAUCGAUUCUUUCUACGCAUACUAUCCCUGUCGGAGUAUCACAUGGUGGUCAAAACAAACGAGAGAUGGGCCUGUGGUCGAGGAGGAAGUCUUUGGGAAGAAGCAGCCGAUUCUUACUGUCGGCCACGAGAAUGGAAACAUCUCGAUAUGGAGGAUGGAGAUCAACUCAACGGAGGCAGCUGGACAGGACGAGAAUGCAUCAGAAGAUGAUCCUUUCUACAACCCCGAAGAUGCCUUCGGCAAGAUUCAACUGUGUUGUAUCAACCCGUUGCCAAGAAUGGUUGCCAAGGCUGAACCCAAUCGUAAAUCGUCCGAGCAGGCCUUCUGCGUUCGCUAUUCCCCAAAUGGCAGAUAUUUGGCUGCUGGCCUCGGAGACAAUUGCAUCGACAUCUACGAGCAUGCGAUUGUUCCUUACGAUUCGAUUCCUGCGAGGGAUGGGAUGCUGUACAAGUCGAAGCUGAAAGGACUUGGCGCCACGGAUGAAGAGAUUCGAGUGCAAGAUUGUGUUCCAUACAAGCGGGUUGGCUGCUUCAACGAUCAUUCAAGCGCGGUUUUCGCUGUCGAUUUCGAUGUUGAAAGCACAAUAUUCAGAUCGGUCAGCGCGUCCAAUGAGAUUCUUUUUGGGCAACUUCCCCUCGGCAAGUUGAACACAUCGACGCAGGAGUGCUCUGUCAAAAGGUUUCAAACUCAAACAUGCAAACUCGGAUGGUCGGUGAAGAGUAUCUGGGCUUGCGGCUCCAACGCAACAGACAUCAACACUGUUGACCUCUCAAAGUCAAGAGUUCCUCCAUGGGCGCCUUGCCAUGGCGGACCGAAUCCUUCGCCAUGGCCGUGGACGCCUGGAUAUGUUCCGACAGCAUCGAGCAUUCCCAUCGACAAGCACUUGACUCCGAUCUACCCUGGCGAGGGCGACAACCCUACUUGGGGUCAUCAGGUGUUGGUCAGCGCUCAGGAUGAUGGACGUGUGAAGUUGUUCCGGUAUCCGGUUUUCGGCUUCAAACAAGCAUUUCGAAGCUACCUCGGCCAUGGAUCGCAUGUUAUGGACGCCAGGUUCACUUACGACGAUGAUUAUGUCAUCAGUGUAGGAGGCAGAGAUGUAUCAAUUUUUCAGUGGAGACAUGUCAUUCCAAACAAGGUUUAUGUGCAAAACCUCCCUGAUGGCAAAGAUGAAGCAGGGAAUUUCUUGCUCGAUGACUACACUCUGAAAGAAUACCUCAAAGAGUAUUUCAUGGAGAUGCUCAAGGUCGACGUCAAUACAAUAGCUGAGAUUGAGAAUUCGAGAGGAGAGAGGGUGAUGAAGGACAAAGACUUGAACGAGACGGCUGAAGAAUGGAAGAAAAACUUGGAUCUUGUCAAUCAGCAUCUUCGGAAUUGCGGAUUAGACGAACAGAUCUCUGCGAGACGAAGUGUCUUGAAGCACAUCGCUCUGUCGAAAUUUAAUCCCAAUCGCUCAGCGGAUGUUCCCAACAGAACAAUCGUUUCUGUUCAAGUCUUCGCCAGGGCGGCCGAUCUCAUCUCGAUGGGCUACGGUUGUCUUCAAGGCAAGGACUUUGACUUCAUGUUCACCAUCGUCACAAGUCGCCAGACACAAGAGGAAGCGGAUGAAGUUUGCGAUCUGUACGGCUGUGGGAGAAACUUCUUCCUGUCCUACAGGGAGCUGAUCGAAGCUGGGCUGAUAACUCCCGCCUGCUUCCGCAUCAAACAAUCUUUGAAAGGGAGCGUCGAGGCCUCGGAGAAUUUCAUCACCAACUAUGAGUGGAAGGAGUUGGACGAUUCUUACUAUUCUCCUGACUGUCUGAGGGGGAAAAGUGGAAGCAAACACUUCCUUUACAUCUCAGCUGGAGACCCCAAUGAGCAAACUUCCAUGUACGACAUCGAGAAACUCUUCAGGCGCGUCCGAUUUCGUCUCGAGAAGGACGACGAGUACCUGCUUUACGGCCAUAUCGAUCCCGAGCGGCAGAUGCGCAUCUUGUACAACGACGAAGUGAAUGAGAUGGAGAGGAUCAAGGUUUGA